AAGCAUCCAUGAUGAUGUUUUAUUCAUGCUAACUGAUAAACAAUUGACCAAAUCGCAAGUCUUCCUUCACUCGUCCCCCGAUUUUCAUCAUUCGUUCGGCAACAUGCAAUAAAGUUGCAGCUUUGGAACAUCCCCCUGCUCGGUAUUGGGAUAACAUGGAAUGUGUCCACCGGGGAAUAGAGCGGCUGCAGUGCUGCACGGUUGAAGAGCGCAAGUGUAAAAAAGACCCCGGCACCGUGACGCUGGCACUUGACUUAGAACCUAGGUAGUAAGAUGCAGCUCCUUCCUCCUUUGCGGCGAGCACCAUCAUUACAUCUCACUAACAUUUUUUGUCUAGAAAUCCGCACUAUAUAGAUUCUUCUACAACACAAAGCCCAACCAUACUUUCAAGGGUCUCUUGGUCCCAGUAUCAUUACUCACAACCCACACCCUUUCAAACCUUCUUUGGAACCUUCCAGGAGAAACGCCACACUAGACCGCUUACUUAGUUACAACCGUUCUUACUCUUUUUUGUUGGAUCGACACAAGCAUACCUCCAUGUAACUCCAUCGACGAGGCUAUCCUGACAUCACCUACCCCCUUCUUUUGCAAAGCACAAGCCUCACGGACAUUGGAACCAUUUCUGACACUGCGGGUAUUCUCUUGUGGGAAACACCCCUGACACUUUGAUCUUGUCCUCCCAUCCUCUUAGCCUUCCAUGGAAAUACCAUCCCGGCAACUGUGCAGCGGCCCGUUGAUCUACUUCUUCAACUAAUCUGGUGUACUUAAGAGUCCUCACUCCUCAUUACAUAUAUUACAAGUCUAAAUCUCUUUUGCAUCAAUCCGAGGUUAGGUCAGGAUUGCCUUUCAUCGAUCACACCAGAAAUCCAUAUCCGGCCCAUCGCAAGAACGCUAUUUGGUUCUUUCGUUUUGUGCCAAUACCACCAUUGAACCUUCCUAGUUGAAUCUAAGGAUUCCGGAAGUAACGUCACCAAUCAUUUUUGUUGAAAUUUUCGAGAUCGGCUUCGAGAGACAGUCCAGUUACCAUUGGAAAAACCUUAAGUUAGAAUAACCUCCAUACAGUCGUUAUACCGGAAAAACUAUUGCUCGCGGCACUUUUGGAUUUGAGCUUUUAGCCUACACCACUUGUAGUGGCCGAUCGAGUCUUGGUAAGUCGUCAAACUUGGACAUCGCCCCUUCCAACUUCCUUAGUCUCGUUCCUGAGAUUUUACGGACUUCCAUAAAUAAACGACAAAAUGGUACUCAUCAUUGCCAGACUUCCUUCUAGACUUUCUUCAAUCUCUAACAUCGUUCAACUACCCAACCAACGCACACCCUUGCUGACAUUACAAAAGGAACAUACAGUCUUUACCUCUCCAUAUCUACACAGAGCCAUAUCGGGCAAGUUUGAAAUGAACUUUCAUGCUCCAGAACAAUCUUACGCACAAAACACCAAUACACGGGACACAUAUUCCACCAUGGCUGUGGGACCCAAUGCAUCCUCUGGCUCGGAGUGGCGUGGUCUUGAACCUUUAGAGAUGAGGUCAAAACCACGCUUGUCAAAUGUUCAGGAAUCACUUCCUUCCAUCCGAACAGUAAGUGGCAUCGAAUUUUUUUUAUGGACAGAGUUGACCUCCGACUAGGUGUUUUCUGGGUUUGAAAGCCGGGAAAGACCCAGUGAAGCCGAGUACAAACACCAUCCGGCACCAUUUUCUCCUGUCAUAGCAGAAAGAACAUACAACACUUCUCCUGAAUCAAACAAGAGAAGGGGAUCAUCCAAUGGUCAUUAUGACGACGAGAACCAGCACCAACGAGAAAGAUAUCAUUCAGUUAGCAGCGGUCGAAGCCCAGUGACAGUGUCCUACCGUUAUCAUCGUGGAGCUGCAUCGCCAGUUCGUUCUAUUGCUCGUCGGGAAAGCCUCCGCUCGGUUCCAGACUCUAGGGCCUAUUCUAAUCACGAGAGCCCUUGCAUUUCAAGGCCCACACGAGAUCAAUCUAUCCUCUCAAUCCCAGAACGCGGAGCCCCCUCUUCAGACCACAACGUUUCCAGACCACCAUUCCAUUCUCCAAUCUCAGAACCAUCGAGUAUUAUGUACCGUCAAAAUCCUCUUUAUCUUGCUACACACGAUCGAUCUUAUGAUAGAUCAUACUGCACGAUCCCAGCAGGUCGUUCUCACGAUGACCCAAGAAGCGAGUAUUCAUUGGAAGCUUGCCGACCAUACCAGCAGCACAACUAUGCCCCGACUCAUGAUACAUCAUACGCCCCUUCACAAUCUGAUUAUGGCUAUCAACAGCCCAGAAACCAGGCUUAUCCUGGGCCUCCUUCUUAUCAACUCAAUCAGGGACAAACCCCUUUCACAGACGGACACCAUUCAGGAAACUACAGUUCGACCGCUUACCAAACACAAGAUAUGGACUCGAAACCCCGAAAGCGACGAGGGAACCUCCCGAAACCUACUACAGAUAUUUUGACAGCCUGGUUCAUCAACCACCUAGAACAUCCAUAUCCAAAUGAGGAAGAAAAACAAUUAUUAAUGAGACAAACGGGAUUACAAUUAAGUAAGUAGCUACGUAAAACAAACUUCAUUUUUGCACAUUGCUAAUAAAUUUCACAGACCAAAUAUCCAACUGGUUCAUCAAUGCACGUCGACGCAAAUUACCUGCACUCCAAAAUAGUGCUCGUGCAGAGAACGCUGCCAGGUCCCACCACAACCGAAUGCACUCGGCCGAUGGUGGACACAGUCCUAUGAGUCUCUGCAACAGCGAUGCAGGAUUAAGCCCUAGAGACGCAUCUACAUUCAACGAAGGGUGGUCUUCACGGGAGGAGAGACACAACCAGCAUCCUUAUUAAUAUAUAUAUAUAUAUUACUCGGGCAUUCAAGGCGUAUACAAAGACAUGACUCAAUGCCAGGACCUUGCAAUGGGAGGCUAAAAAUCACGGAACCUUUUUUUUUUUUUUAAAUAUUAAUUCUCGGACUUUUUUGGACUAUUAUUAUACUUGGAUUGGGGGUUUUGGGUUUCUUGCAAACAGAAGGUUGCAGCAACAGAACUUGGCACUAUUAGGAUAUGCAUGACAUGGGAAUUUUUCGAUUUGGGGCCGGGCUGCGAUGGAUACCAAAAUUUGCGUUCUUAUUCUUUUAUUGAGAUCAAAAUUAGCAUGCCGCAUAGUGUGGAGUCAAUUUCAUAACACAGCCUUUUUUUCAAUGUCUGUUGUAAAUUAGAUCGGGGGGCUUUUUUUUAAGCUGAGUUAUGAAUAACAUUCCACAGCUAUUGAAUGUACUGACUGCAUGUAGAUGAUACUCUCGACAGUGACAUUACGGACCCGACCCCAGGAAUCGCCUUGAUGGUGAGUGAAUCCUCGUGCCGUGCCUCCACUUUACAAUCAUAUACUAGGUACU